ACAAGUUGACGCCAUCAUGGACAACAUUGGUGAAUUCUUUGCCAGCGUUGGAUUGGAUCCCUUGAAUUUGCCGAAUUAACAGAAGGCUUCAGCGCAGAUUUAGGCUUGGUUGAAUUCCACGGAGAGUUGGAGUUAACACAGGGAGCGGCAAAUGGUUUGUCCAGUGUCAACAGAGCCGGAUACGCUCUGGUGCAUUAUAACAAAAAAUUACUCCGUCUGGAAAUGGGUCUCGGAUUUGAUGCCUUAAAGUUCCAAUACCAAUAUUUGGCAAGAAUCAUGAACAUUGGCCCUAAAGGACAAAUUUAUGCAAAUGUAGAACGCACUGAAUUGCGUUUCGAUAUUCUUUUGGAUUUGGAAGAUUUCACAUUUUACUUACAGAACUUCAAGAUUGGUAAAAUUGGAAAAAUCAACGUCAGCUUCAAAGGAAAUCCCUUGACUGAUUGGCUUGUAAAUCCCGUCGUCGGUGUCGUUACAGGCAUCUUCAAGGGAUUGAUCACAGGUGUUGUUUCCGCAACUGUUGAAAAUAUUCUGGAAGGAGUAUUGAACGAAAUCAACAACAGACCACCUCCAAGUCCAAUGGUUCAAGGAAUAUUGUGA